AUGGACUCUUUACCUGCAUUUGCUCGUGUUCUGAAACAAAGACAAAUGAAAACGGACCAGACCAUUGAUGAAAAGGAUUCAUAUCGCGUUUCUAAUAAGGAUUAUUCACAAUAUGAUUCAGAUUCGCAAAUUUCUAUUUUAGAAGAUUCAGUUUCAAAUAUACCUGCAAAAAAACAGAAGAAAAAUAAAAACAUCGACAUUGAUAUUGAAAGUUGUCUUCGAUCAGUUAGCGAAAUGGAAUCUACUGACCAAUUAUACGAAUUACAAAAGAUGAUUAAGAAAUUAGAACAAGAAAAUUCGACUCUACGAAAAGAAAAUCGCCAGAUAGUCGAAUACAAACAACAAAUUGAAAUCGAACGCGAAGUUUCUACUCAUUAUUCAGAUUCUCUUCACGAAACUCAAAAUUUACUUGAAAGUGAACGUCAGAUCAAUGAAAAUCUGAAAGAACGUGUUGCACAACUCGAACAAAUACUUGCAGGAAAAGAAUCUAUGACAGAAGCAAAAACAUCAAUGGCAAUGAAACUUCAAGAAGAAUAUGAUCAUGUUACAAAAGAUUAUCAGCGAAUACUAGAUCUCUACAACAAGAUGGUUGUUCAAUUAAGAGAAGCUCGAAACAGGAUUAGUGAACUUGAGGCAGAAUUAGACAAUUCUAAGAACAACUCAUUUGGGAAAGAUAAUAUUUCGAAAAAGAAUACAUAUGAACCAUUCAACUACGAAGAUUAUAUGCGACCUAAAACAAAUACAAAAUAUUUUGAUGAUUUUAAUGACUUUGGUAAACCAUUUGAACAACAAUCAGAUAUUCCUGCUAUAAAACCUUAUGUUCCACCUAAUUCUUACGAUCCACCACAAAUUCCUGUUGAACAAAAACGAGAUUUCAAUGAUAACUUUGUUGAACAACAAAAAUCUCCUCCAAAUCAAACACUUCAACCAAAGAAAGCUGCAUUAGUUGACAAUAUACACUUUGGGGUGCCAGAACCUACUGAUACUGAUGACUUUGAUGUCAGUGGAAUGUCUAAAUUUGAACUUGAGAACUUAUUAAGUUCAUUGCAAGCAGAGAAGAUGGAGACAGAGCGUAUUUUGGCAUUGGCACCUAAACAAGGUAUAUCAAAGUCAAGAGUUUUACGAGAAAAAGAAGAAUUAGCUGAUAAAGCAGAUUUAUUAGAGAAAAAGAUUGCGAAAGUAAAGCGCGAAAUGCGCAAACUAUAA